CAUCUGUCAGAGUCAGCGGUUGGGGACAGGACUCGUAGUAGCCACGCCACGGGGACCUCGCCUCUCAGGGUGCUGUGGCUCGUUGUCAUGGAGAAACUGAUGCGCUGAGGCGGCAAGAUAGGACAAGUUUCUUAGUCUUGACGAUGCAGAAGGAGAUGAGCAAACAAGGAGAUGUUGAAUCUCUGUCUGUCGCUUCGUUAGAUGAGUGAUGGAAGUGUAGCAGCAGUCAGAGCAGUGUGGUGUGUGUGUUUGUGUGUGUGUGUGUGUGAUGCUGUUGCUGUUAGAAGAGAAUUAGAAGAUGAAGUUUAAGAAGUUCAUCACGAUCAUGCAGGCGGCCAUUGGGAUUGUACCGCUGAACAAACGGGAGCUUCUGCCACCAGGCAGAAAACUGUGGAGACCCCCGGGGGACCAGCCUGGCCCUGACCAGACCAGCACUGACCUUAUCAAGUCCGGCCGCAAAUUCUGCUGGUCCAGAGAAGCCCAGUACUUGUAUCUCCGCCGCCUCUCUUCGCGCAGCUACUCAGCUAUUAUGAUGAACCCGGUCAUGGAGGAGACCGUGUGGGAGCAGUACACCGUGACCCUGCAGAGGGAUCCAAAGAUGGGCUUUGGCAUCGCAGUGUCAGGGGGGCGGGACAACCCAAACGAGGAAAGUGGAGAGACGUCCAUUGUGGUGUCCGACGUCCUGCAGGGAGGACCUGCUGAUGGCUUGUUGUUUGAGAAUGACCGUGUGGUGCAGGUGAACGCCAUCCCCAUGGAGGGGGCCAUCCACUCCUUCGCUGUCCAGACCCUCAGGAAGUGUGGCAAAGUAGCAAAAGUUACAGUCAAGAGGCCCAGGAAGGUUCCAGUCAAUAUGCUGAACCGUCCCCCGUCACCUGACGACAGAGUCUUCAACAACGACUACAAUGACGAUUACAACUACGAGCAGGACGGUCGCAGUGUGUACAGCGGCCGGAGUGGUGGCGGGCGGGAUCACAGCCUGGAGAGGGAGCGAGGCGGGGGAGGCUACAUGGAUUCUGGCUACCAAACACGUGAGCGUGACUAUGACAGGGACUAUGACCGGCGGGAACGCGGCAGGAGUGCGGAGAGAGAACUGAGCCCCGACCGGCAGUACAGGAGAGACGGCAGCAGAGGUCGCACUUUGGACAGAGAACGCAGCCCGGAGCGCCCCUACAGGAGUGACCACUUGCUUGCCCGCGACUAUAGCCCGGACAGGAGGUACCGCAGCGAGCGCACAUUAGACCGAGAUCACAGUCCCGAUCGGCGCUACCGCAGCGAGCGUGCCCUCGAUCGGGACCACAGCCCAGACAGACGCUACCGCAGCGAGCGAACCCUGGACCGCACCGACAGCCCAGACCUGCGCCGCAGACGUGACAGCCACAGCCCAGCUCGGGGCCCCGGUCGGGACCACAGCUUCGAACGAGGACGUGAGCAUGUCCCCAGUGACCCGAGGAAGUACGAGGAGCCGCUGAAGCGGAGUGGGAGCAGAGACCGUCUAGAGCGCUCGCCAUCACCCGCCGCCAUGCCCAUCCCUCUGCCCCGCCCAGCCCGAGAUCUGGAGCCACUGGAGAAACCUCUGAAUGUGCUGCUGCUGAAGAACCGGCCCAAUGAAGAGUAUGGCCUUCGUCUGGGCAGUCAGCUCUUCAUCAAAGAGAUGACCAACACAGGACUUGCCGGCAGAGAUGGGAACUUGCAGGAAGGGGACAUUAUAUUAAAGAUUAACGGCACUGUGACAGAAAACCUGUCUCUGAGCGACGCAGGGAAGCUGAUUGAGAAGUCUCGCGGGAAGCUGCAGCUGGUGGUGCAGAGAGACAAGCGGCAGGUGCUGAUCCGAGUGCCCCCGAUGGUCGACAGCGACUCAGAGCUCGAUGAUAUCUCUGAGAUCGAGUCAUACCGCUCCUACUCUCCGCAGGAUGACAGGCGGGGCCACCACUCCGACCUCUCCUCCCACUCCUCCAAUGAGAGGCUUAGAGAUAAACCCAGGGAGGACCCACCCAACAGGCUGGCAAAAAUGGGCGCCAUGCCAACGCCAUUCAGAGCUCCUGACAGAGCUCCUGACAGAGCUGUUGAAGACACGCCCCCUUUACAGGCAGAGAGGGAGGACACGCGAGCAGAAACACCACCAGUGCCAGCAUUCACUGUAGCCCCAAAGGUUCAUGCACCUCCCAAGGUGCCGCUAAAGCCAAGCAUAGAGGACCAGGAAAUAUACGGGCCGAACACAGUGAUGGUGCGUUUCCAGAAAGGUGACAGCGUGGGUCUGAGGCUGGCAGGGGGAAAUGAUGUAGGCAUCUUCAUCGCUGGUGUUCAGGAGGACAGUGCGGCCGAGCAGGAGGGUCUCCAAACAGGAGAUCAGAUCGUGAAGGUCAACAACAUGGAUUUCAGAGGCAUGGUGCGUGAGGAUGCUGUCCUCUACCUCCUGGAGGUUCCCAAAGGAGAAGAUAUAACCAUUCUUGCUCAAAGCAAACCUGAAGUGUACAAGGACAUUUUAGCAUCUGGCCGAGGCGACUCUUUCUUCAUCAGGACCCACUUUGAGUAUGAGAAGGAGGCUCCUCAGAGCCUUCCUUUCACCAGAGGAGAGAUCUUCAAAGUGACAGACACGCUUUAUGAUGGCAAACUGGGCAACUGGCUGGCAAUUCGCUCUGGCAAAGACAAUCAGCUGCUGGAGAAAGGAAUCAUCCCCAACAAGAGCAGAGCAGAGCAAAUGGCCAAUGUGCAGAAUGCCGCUCGGGCAGCGUCGGGCAACGACAGAGGAGACUUCUGGAGGCUGAGAGGUCAAAGGGCGGCAAAGAAGAAGGACUUACGCAAGAGCCGAGAGGACCUGACCGCGACUCCAGUCACCACACGGUUCCCCGCCUACGAGAGAGUGGUCUUACGUGAAGCUGGUUUCAGGAGACCUGUGGUGAUAUUUGGGCCCAUCUCCGACGCAGUGAAUGAAAAACUGGCCAAUGACAUGCCAAACGAGUUUGUCAUCGCCAAAACGGAGCCCAAGGAUGCAGGAAGUGAGAAAUCCUCUGGAGUGGUGAGACUAAACACCAUCAGACAAAUCAUUGAGCAGGACCGUCACGCUCUGUUGGAUGUGACUCCCAAAGCUGUGGACACUCUGAACUACACCCAGUGGUAUCCCAUCGUCAUCUUCCUGAACCCAGACAGCAAGCAAGGAGUCAAGACUAUGAGGAACCGCCUCAUGAACGGAUCCAGCCGCAGCGCUCGCAAACUGUAUGAGCAGGCCGUCAAGCUGAGGAAGACCUGCUCACACCUUUUCACUGCGACCAUCGACCUGAACUCGGCCAAUGACGCGUGGUAUGGCAGCGUGAAGGAUUCCAUUCAGGAGCAGCAGGACAGAGCUGUGUGGGUGUGUGAGGGCAAGUUGGACGGCUCAGAGGAGGACCUGGAUCUCCACGACGACCGCAUGUCCUACAUCUCGGCGAUGAGCGCAGACUACCUGAGCAUGGACAGCCGUCUGACCAGCGACUACGAAGACACGGCGGAUGAGGGCGGGGCUUACACCGACAACGAGCUGGACGAGACACUGGACGAGCCCCAGCCGGUGUCGGCCAUCAGUCGAUCCUCAGAGCCGGUGCUGCCAGAUGAGAAGUCUCACCCUGAACCCCGUGCUCGUAUGAGGAGGUCAGGGAGCAGAGAGGUGCUGAACAGAGAGCCCAGCCCUCCCCCUUCUUUUGUCCCUGAACCCCCAAAGGUGCGGACUCAGACUCGGACUGACUCAUCGCGGAGCUUUGACUCACACUCCAGCAGCACCAUCAGCAGUGACGCUGCGGCCGGAAACAAGCCGCUCCCCCCACCCGUGGCCCUGAAGCCCAACGUCGCCCGUCUGAACCAGCCAAUGGAGGAGCUGAGCCCGGGGAGGGAGGAGGACCCCGCAAACAAAUCCUUCCUGGGCAAGCAAAUGGGUGACCAGAUUAAAGCUUUUGAGAAGAUGGACCACCUGGCCAGAGCUCAGAGGAUGCUGGAGCUGCAAGAGGCCGAAAGUGCUCGAUUGGAAAUUGCCCAGAAGCAUCCAGACAUCUACGCCGUCCCAAUAAAACUGCCAAAACCCAACCUCAACCGUCCCCAGCCAAUUGGUUCCAGCUCCAAUCCCGAGCAGCAGACUCCCUUCAGGCCACCGUACUCGGAGAGCAGAGGGCACGAGGACGACGAGGCCGAGUACCGCAGACAGCUGGCUGACCAGACCAAGAAAGGGUACUACAAUGCUCAGAAAUACAAAGACACCGAACUGUAAGCUGGGAAACCAGGAAGUCACGAGCUGGAUUCCUCCCACGUCAUCACUACGAACAGACAACGUUUGUUGCCUUGGUAACAGCUGGUGCAGCUUUACCUUGAUGUAAACUCUCAGAAUUUUGCUGGUAGUCAGAGUCCUGUUGUCUCACUGCGGUACACGUUGUACAUUGAUGCAGGCGACACACAAUAUUGUCGUUUACCACUACGCGGCUCCUAAACAAAAUAUGGCAGGUUUUUGUGACGUACCUUUUCACAGACCUGAUAUUUCAGUGUAUAUAUUCUUUUUUAUGUCUCUGAAGAGGUUUUUAUUUUUCCCUGUUAAACACCUAGCCACAGUUCUGCUCUCGUCGACUGCCACUGCAGUCCCAGAGAUAAGCAUGUAUUCCUGAAAGAUAAAUAUUUUGAAAAGCAGGUUAUAGAAGUACACGUUUUGAAUGCAUUUCCAGAAUCCACAGGCCCUUCUAACAACAACCAUAUAGAUUUUAAACUUAUAACAUGUAAAUAUGACCAGCUAUCUUGGUUUUAAUUAGGAUAGAAAUUGUUAUCAUGCAGCAGAUGAAAUGUUUUUUUUAUCCAGGCUCUUUGUAUGUUCUGGAAACACCUUUAGAACAUCUGUAAGUGUUGUUAGACGACCUUUUGAGUUUAUUAAAGAUAGGCAGUUUAUAUUUUUCAGAAAUAUAGGCGCUUACCUCUGAAGCUAACUAACACCGUGCUGCAACCAAACCACAGAUGUAUCACUGUAGACUGUAUAAGUAUCUAGACUGUUUGGUUUGACGUCCUAUUAGUGAGUGGGUUUGUGUGCCACUAACCCCCCCCACCCCCACCCCAGCGCGUUGUUAACUAACUUGUUUCAGGCACGUUCAUACAAGAAUAGUGUGAAGAUCAAACUGUCAGUAUGGGUUCAGCUGCUCUGAUGUCAAAUAGCUGUUAGUCUUUGUUUCUUAUCACUGUCCUGCCAAGUCUUCUCUGACUUAUUGUACACCUCUACGUUCCUGAUUGGACAUUUGUAUAUACACUACACUGUAACAUGUGUGCAUUCUGGGAAGCUGCAUAUUUUAAAGUGCCUUGUAAGUCUGAUGUUGGCACGGAAAAAAAGAACUAUCCAGAGACAGCACGAGGUUCUGAAAUGGACCAAACAACCUGACACUGACACCGCCUGCUGAAACGGACCAAACAGAGUUCAAAUAGAUAUUUUCACUACAUUGUGACCAAUACACUGAACGCUGACCACAUACAGGUUGUAGAAGUAAUCAGGACAGAAACACAUUAACUAUACCAAAGAGAGAUUAUAGAGAUGCUACGCUGUAAUUACGAGAUAGAAGGAUCUCAUAAAUGCAACAUCUGUAUAGUGAUUAUAACAUCUGUAUCUCGUACUAAUUGGUUAAAAAUACAACAUAUGGAAGUCAUGAUUACAAUGCAUCCUGUCUACAAUGCACUGCUAUAAAUGAGGGAGGCUGCAGGUGUAUUUGAGUCAGCUGGAACAGACGGAGCCGACAAAUGAUGUCACAGAUUUCACUGUUAAAAUGUAUGGGAGGGGACGCUCAGAUGAUGGAGUGCAGCAUAAACUCGAUGUUUCUGACAGUCUGUAUGUUUGUCUUUAGACAAUCACAUUGUUAUUGCUUCUAUGUUUUUAUACUGAAUAUACACUGAGCUCUGUCAAGUCUUUGUACACGGGAACGUGUUCAGUUUCUUUUAAAUGUUAGUUUGUGAUUUCUUUUUUUUAGUUUGUGAUCUCCUUCGUGUAAAAAAAAAAAACAAACUAAAAUUCAAUAAAUAAAUUUCGCUUUUUUACAUUG